GUCUUAUUCGAAACAUCAGACAGAGAGGAUUGCAUGAGAAAACAAAAUAUAUUUUACAAGAUUUACAAAAAUUUUUUUUUCCAAAUUCACUGAUAAAAGAGAACGACAUGCUGAACGUUUACCACACCAGAAACUCAAAUCCUUCGCAGAACCUGUCGCGUAAGGAGAUCAUAAAAUGGAUUAACAGUACCCUGAACAUCGAUAUCAAAAAGCUGGAGGCUCUGGGAUCCGGCGCCGAAUACUGUCAGCUGUUUAACCAACUCCAUCCGGGCACCAUAAACCUGAAGAAGGUGAAACACGGUUCACAUCUCCAGGCGGACUACCAGGCCAACUUCCUUUUGCUACAGCGGGCCCUGCAGAAGGUGGGCGUGGACAAGGACAUCCAGAUCGGCAGGAUGAUUGUGGGUGGCCGUCGCGAGAACUUGGACUUCGCUCAGUGGUUCAAAAAGCUUUACAACCGAAACAUUGACAAGCAGGACACAGUCUUCCAGGAUGUCUCGGAGCCCAGCAAGCCGUCGUCCAGCAAGCGGUCGUCCAGCAAGCUGUCGUCCAGCAAGCGUUCGUCCAGCAAGCUGUCGUCCAGCAAGCGGUCGUCCAGCAGUACUGUAGUUCCAUCUCGGACCUUCAGCCAGCGAUCGGUGUCAGUCCUUUCCCGAAAACAUCAACCAGACUUCGUUGGUGUAUUGAUGCGUUCGAUGUCUGGAUAAAUAUAUCGUAAAGGAAGCUUAUUUUUAGCGAUAUUUGAGAUUUUAAAUCUCCUUAGAAUAAAAUUUCAUUAAAUUAUUU